UCCGGCCUUCCGCUCCUCCUCCCCUCCUUUUCUCUCCCCCCCUUUUCUUUUGCUUCAAUCGUCCUUUGGCAUACUCACUGCCUAGUCUGUGAAUACUUGAAUGGGGACAGAAGAUCAACUUAUCGUCGAGGAGUCGGCUGAGCCUCCUAUAUGUGGCCAAACGCUCUCUUCCGAUGCUAGUUCUCCAACAACUAAACAAAGGCCCGAUGACCUCGGCGGUCUUUGUGCGCCUCACACCUUAUCUGUCGACCUGCUAGCGUGUCUUCUUGGGACUGAUGCUAGCAAUGGCCUCUCUCAUUCCGAGGCCGCUCGUCGCCUGGACGAGCAUGGCCCUAACAGGGUUGAGGCGGCUAAAGGGCUUUCCGUGUGGAAGAUUCUCCUGAGGCAGGUUUCCAACAGUUUGACUGUUGUUUUGAUCCUUGUCAUGGCUAUAUCAUUUGCCAUCCAUGACUACAUUGAGGGCAGUGUCAUUACUGCCGUUAUUGUGCUCAAUAUCGUAGUUGGACUCGUUCAAGAUUAUCGUGCCGAAAAGACCAUUGAAGGUCUCCAGGCUCUUUCUGCUCCGAGCUGUAAGGUUGUCAGGUCCAUGGUGGCCACAACUAUCAAAGCCGAGCAGCUCGUCAGAGGCGAUCUAGUCAUGCUCAAUGUAGGUGACAUCGUCCCAGCCGAUCUGCGCUUGGUCUCUGGACUUAACCUGUCGACCGAUGAAGCACUCCUCACUGGUGAAUCUGUACCCAUCAGCAAACAUUCAGAUAUCGUACUAGAAGAUGUGGAUAUGCCGAUUGGGGAUCGCGUGAAUAUGCUCUACUCUGCAAGCACCAUCACACGCGGUCGUGGCAUGGGAAUUGUCACGGCUACUGGUAUGAACACGGAAGUUGGCCGGAUCGCCGAGCUACUCCGAACAAACUCAAAGCCAAAGGGCGAAGAUGUAUCUUGGUUCACAUCGUAUUUGCAGCGCGUUAAGAUGGGAACCCGGAGCAUCCUUGGCCUCGAUGGUACUCCCCUACAAGUAAAACUCAGCAAGUUUGCCUUGCUUCUCUUCGCACUUGCCAUACUACUCGCCAUUAUUGUUUUCGCAUCAAAUCGCUUUGACAUCGAUGGAGAUGUCCUGAUCUAUGGUAUAUGUGUCGGCGUUGCUGUCAUUCCUGAGUCUCUGAUUGCCGUUCUUACCAUUAGCAUGGCCGUAGGAACAAAGGCAAUGGCUAGGGGCAACGUUAUUGUGCGGAAACUAUCGGUUCUAGAGGCCGUCGGAGGGAUUACCAGUAUUUGCUCUGACAAGACUGGUACUCUAACACAGGGCAAGAUGAUUACGAGAAAAGUCUGGCUUCGAGACGGCUCUGUUGCUUCAGUUGAAACCUGCACUCAUCCUUUUGACCCUACAAGUGGAAAUGUGGUCUGGAAAGAUGACCAAUCCCCUUCCUCUGAUUCUCAGUCCUCAAAACCUGGGAUGCCUUCGAGCGCUCAGUUAUUCUUAGAGUGCAUAACCCUCUGCAAUAACGCGACUGUGUCUGAUACCAAGGCGACCUCGGGCGAUGACACAGCCGAAACAUCUACGACCUCUACUACUGUUGUAUCAGAUUGGAGAGCCGUAGGUGAACCUACAGAGAUUGCUCUUCAGGUAUUUGCUAUGAGAUUCGAUAUGAGCAAGGCCACGAUCUCACAAGCAAAUGACUCGGCCCUCGUUGCCGAACAUCCUUUCGAUUCGUCCUGCAAGCGCAUGACCGUGGUUUAUUCUAGACCCUCUGGACACGUCGAUGUGUAUACUAAAGGCGCUCUUGAAGCAAUUAUGCCACUCCUAGAUGCGCCCGAAGAAGUCAAGGCCCAGUUUACAGCUAAGGCAGAGUCUCUUGCUGCCGAAGGAUUACGCGUGCUCUGUAUUGCUCACAAGACAACACCAAAUGACGAGUCUCUCAAAACUGACCGCGCAGUUGCGGAAAAGGGGCUGACACCACUCGGAUUGGCUGGACUAUAUGAUCCUCCCCGCCUAGAGACCGCUGGGGCUGUUCGAAAGUGUAAAAUCGCCGGUAUAUCCGUUCAUAUGCUUACGGGAGAUCAUAUCAAGACUGCCACCGCUAUCGCUCACGAGGUUGGUAUACUAGGUCCCGACCUUACCGCGGCUGAGGCCGUAAACGCAACUAUGCCUGCGUCCGCAUUCGAUGCUCUCAGCGACGCGGAGAUCGACGCGCUGGAUAAACUUCCACUUGUUCUUGCUCGCUGUAGUCCGUCCACAAAAGUGCGUAUGGUCGAGGCGAUGCACCGUCGCAGGGCUUACUGUGUGAUGACCGGAGACGGUGUCAACGAUUCUCCUGCCCUCAAGAAGGCCGACGUUGGUAUCGCCAUGGGGCUCAACGGUAGCGAUGUAGCCAAGGAGGCCGCAGAUAUGGUAUUAACUGAUGAUAAUUUCUCAUCCAUUGUCACGGCUGUUGAAGAAGGACGUAGGCUUUUUGACAACAUCCAAAAGUUCAUACUCCACCUCCUUAUUUCCAAUAUAUCCCAAGUCCUACUACUCCUUAUCGGCCUAGCCUUCAAGGACAGCGAAAGUCAAUCCGUAUUCCCGCUCUCGCCCAUCGAAAUUCUCUGGGCCAACCUAAUCACGUCAUCGUUUUUGGCCCUCGGUCUCGGACUUGAAGAGGCACAACCAGACAUCAUGAUCCGACCACCCCACGAUCUCCGCGUUGGCGUCUUCACAAAGGAGAUCAUCAUUGACAAAUUCGCCUACGGCAUCUUCAUGGGUGCCCUAUGUAUCUUCGCCUCGGCAUUUGUAUCAUAUGGGCCGUACCAAUGGCCCGUGUCCCUCAGCCGCUCAGACGAUUGCAACCAGCACUUCACGGAGGUGUGCGAGGCCGUGUAUCGUGCGCGCGCGACGACUUUCGCAACACUCAGCUUCCUACUGCUGGUCACGGCCUGGGAGGUCAAGCACUUCACCCGCUCGCUCUUCAACAUGUAUCCGGAGGAAUUCAGCGGGCCGUUCUCCGUCGUCCGCACGGUGCUGCGCAACCGCUUCCUAUUCUGGGCCGUCGUCGCCGGCUUCGUCAUCACCUUCCCGGUAAUCUACAUCCCCGUCGUCAACCGCCUCGUCUUCAAGCACACGGCCAUCAGCUGGGAAUGGGGCGUCGUCUUCGCCGCCGUCAUCGCGUACAUUGCUCUCGUCGAGGCGUGGAAGGCGGGCAAGAGACGCCUGUUGUACAAGAAACAACAAUCCUUUCCUUCUUCUCCGUCGUCAUCUACUCUGUGAAUUCACAGAAAGAAACUGACAGACUGCAAAUCAGUCCCUUCAAAAUUUCGGUGUUAAUUACAUGUCACAGGUGAGAUGACAUCCUUUAAAUACACCGGUCCACUCGUUAGAUUAUCUAUGCAGGGUUUUGGCCAGGUCAUAUAACUAUAACUCAGAAUGAAACCAC